AUGAAGUCUUGGCUGCCUCUCCAGUUCCUGGUGGUGCUCUGCCUAACAUCACAGCUGGUGCCUGGAAGUCCCAAGCAGCGCAUUCUAAAGUAUAUCUUGGAACCUCCACCCUGCAGAUCGGAACCUGAAAACUGUACCCAAUUCUGUACAUUGCAAGAAGACUGCCAUAAAGGACUUCAGUGCUGUUCUGCCUUCUGCGGAAUAAUCUGUUCCUCAAACAAAAUUCAAAAUCACAAAAA